GCCAUUAUUCUCCCUGGCUUGACGGUCGGGAGAAAGACGGUUAAACACUUUUUAACAUUAUAUUUCCGGCGAAACUGCAGCCUGCUCAGCCUGUUUGUGCCGUCGGACGAUUGUCUCAUGAAUUAGCGACCACCGUGCGGACACCAUGGAGAAACGGUCCGACACUGCGGGUGUUAGAGGUGGCCUUCCCCUGGCCUCCCUCCGCUUGAUGGCGUCCCCUCUGCAGCUGACAUACUCGUACAUAUGGCAGGUCAUAAGGCAGAGGGACGUGAAGCAGUAUGGAAAGGUGGAGGAGUUUGUGACAAUGGUGACGCAGACUGUUCCUGAACUCAUGAGUUUCAAACAGACUGCCCAGCUCGUCUUGGGGUUGAGGGCAAGGAUCAUAUUGGAUUUGCUCCACAACGAGGGCCCCCCAGAUUCUCGGGCUAUUCAAACUCUCAUAAAUAAGCUGAAGGUUCCUGCAUCUUCAGGGAAGGACUCUGACGUGGAUAAAUCUCAAACUAACUUUAUGGUGCUGGUCCAGAAUCUGCAGAAAAACCCCAGUGAGAGGAAACGCUUCUUCAAGGAAGUGUUCCCUGUCCAGUAUGGCACAAAGUUCGACACAGCGCUUCAGGCUCUGACUGCAGGCCUGGUGUGCAAGCUGGAGCAACUUCUGCCUGUUCCCAAUCUCUCCCAGCUUGGUGCCAUGAUCUCAUCAGAGCCCAGUGUCCUAGAAGCGUGUGGAGGCUUCAUCCCUGAACCCGGCGACUUGAAGACUCUCCUCCUGCACCAGCAAUCCAAGGGAAUCCUUAGUGUUAAAGCAACCAUCUCAUCUUCAGUGGGCGACUGUGUGCUCUCUUCACUUGCCUUCCGGCCCAAAGCAACAGAACCACCACCAGCCCCACCACCACCACCACCACCACCAGCCCCAGAAUCACCGAAGCGAUUAGAGGUCAGCUUCCAGGACACAAGCCCUGCCUCCCUCAGUGAAACCGAAGACUUGGGAAUGUUGUCUGAUGACUCUGACAGCCCAGCAGCCCCUGCCAGUGGACCACAGGGAAGAGGGCGAUAUAGUGACAAAACAGAUAAUGGAAGUUCUGCAAAGAAAACGAGUGUCACAACAACAGCUCCUCGGGACAGUCUGGUCCAGGAGAAGGAUUCUACACAGGAGGAGUCCGCCAUGAGAAGGGAAGAGGAAGCGCCACUACCACCGCCACCAACAGAGAAACCGGACCAACAGCGGCAGCCCUUGAAAUCAAUCCCUUUCAAGGUAGUUCAAGUGCCAGUCAAAACCGCUCCCACCUUACAGAAUGCAGGCAGCACAGGAACAAAAGACGUCCAGAAGCCCAUGACUCAGCGAGUCACACUGCAUCAAUGGGUGUCACAGAUUGCCACUAAUUCACUCUCUCUCCCUGCCUUGCCACCACUUCCUCCAGCCAGGCUGCAUGCAGAAGAUGACAUGAAGCCAACCAUCAGAAGAAAAAAGCAAAUUAGGCCUCCAUCUGACAGGUUUACAUGUGCCGUGUGCGAAAAGACCUUCCCUUAUCAGUCCAAACUAAUGGACCACGAGCGCAUUCACACUGGAGAGAAGCCUUUCGUGUGCACUGCAUGCAACAAGAGUUUCCGAACACAGGCGUUCCUCAACAACCACCUGAAGACCCACAGCACAGCACGACCCUAUGCUUGUGGCCAGUGCGGCAAGUGUUUUACCAAGUUGCAGAGCUUAACGAAGCACAUGCUCGCACACAGCGGCCAAAAGCCCUUCUAUUGCAACAUCUGCAACAAGGGUUUCACACAGUCCACCUACUUCAAAAGACACAUGGAGUGCCACACGAGCCAGAUGACGUUUCCAUGCAAGCACUGCAGCAAAAGCUUCCCAACUGCUUUCAAGCUGUUAAACCAUGAGCGCUGGCACACCAGAGAUCGCCCUCACAUGUGUGAGCGUUGUGGGAAGAGAUUCCUUGUCCCCAGCUUGUUGAAGCGGCACAUGGGCUAUCACAUCGGCGAUCGCCAGUAUCUCUGCUCUCAGUGCGGAAAGACCUUCGUCUAUUUGUCUGACCUGAAGAGGCACCAGCAAGACCAUGUGCCCAAAGCAAAGAUCCCAUGUCCUGUUUGCCAGAAGAAGUUCUCCAGCAAGUACUGCCUGAGGGUUCACCUGAGGAUCCACACCAGAGAGAGACCCUACCGGUGCUCCAUCUGUGAGAAGACCUUCACUCAAGUCGGGAACCUGAAGGUUCACAUCAGGCUACACACCAACGAGCGUCCUUUCAGCUGCGAUGUUUGCGGGAAGACGUACAAGCUGGCGUCCCAUCUGAAUGUCCACAAAAGGACUCAUACGUGCAAGAAGCCCUGGACGUGCGACACGUGUGGGAAGGGAUUCUCCGUCCCCGGCCUUCUGAAGAAGCACGAGCAAUUGCAUACGAGGGAAGCUAACCCUGACUUCUCCGGCAAACGGAGAUACAGGGGUAAGCACAAGAAGCACUCCCUCAAGAGGAAGUAUGAUGAGGAAGAUGAAGGCAGCGAUGAUUAUUAACCAAAGAAACGUAUUUUGUAAUAAAUAGGGAUGCUCUGAUCACUGAUUUUAUGUCACUAAAAUCAGCCCCAAUCUGGAAAGCUGCCACAUGAGAGACCUUUUGAAUGUGCAACCAUGUAAUUUUCAAAGUUGAACUUGUUAUCUUGUGCUGGAGAGGAUCAGCUGGGGCUGGGUAGUUAGUUUUUCAGUAAUGUUAGGAUCAUUUUUUCUGAUCAUUGGAUUUAAAGACUAGAGUCACAGUUUGAGUGCCCAACCAGCUGGAACAUCUCUCCAAAUGAAGUCCACUGUUUUACUGUAUAUCAGUGCUGUUUUUCAUGUAAUUAGGUGAUGUGACAAGAUGAUUUAAUGUAACCAAGUUACCCUGAGCUGUUACAUUUUGAGAAAUAUAGGGUAGUAAUGUUGAAUUCUGAUCAUUUUCAGAUCUAUUUUUGAAUUGUCAGUGGUUGGUAAUCAUUUUCAUUCCUAAUACAUGUGAUUGGUUCUGAAAGUUGAAAAAAUAUAUUUUCCCAAAAGUAAUGCUUUUUCGAGAGGUUACCUUUACGACAUCCAACAUUUUAAAAAUAGACAUCAUGUGUAAACAGCAUUUCAAUGCAUGUGACUGUUGAAUAUAUCUGCUUUGUAAUUAAAUGUUCAAUGUAAUGUCAUUAGUAAACAUUUUAACUUUAUAACCAUGUACUGUAAACAUUACAGAUACUCUGCUUUUGUUUUUGAAUGAAAAUAGUCUGAUUCAUUCUUUUUUUUCCACCAGUAGAAGCAGUUAUAUGUGCUUGAUUUAACAUUAAGAAUUAAGUUGAGAUUUGGCACUAUAAAAAUGUACAUUAUGCAAAUGUGUGAUAAGUUGUCCUGUGAAUCAUUGUGGUUUCCUUUGCUCAUUCUGUUAUCAGCAGCGAUGUAUAUAACCCAUCAAGUAACAUACCUGUUUAACAUUUUCAUUGUUUUUGUU